CCACCCACUCAUUAUGAAAUUUGUCUUUCUAAGUUUCAACUUUGGUCACUCUUUCUCCAUAACAUAAUGUGUCCUUUGGAAACUUCCAACUGAUAUUUCCAUCACAAUAAAAUAACUAUAGAACAGUGUGGUAUGGGUAUGGCUACUUCUUAGAGUCAUCCAUCAAUAAUUCCAUUUUAUGUGCAUUUCAAUAUUUCAAUAAAUUAUCUCUUAUCAAAACCCAUUUGCUAUUCUCACCCCACCCACAGAUUUGCUUCAAAAUAAUUCUCAGUUAGCAUAAAAGAAGGAAGAAACACUCCAUACACUGAAAAUCAGUUGUUUCUUUUGAUGGUGACCCUUUUUCCUUCAAUAAUUGUUCAUUCAUCAUCAAAGUUCAAAUAUCAUCCACAAUCCGAGUCACAACAUUAAGGUUUUUCAUGUCUCUACGACUGUAAUGUGAUCACAAUUGAUGCAACAUCAGCCGCAUUUGUCUGCAAUAUAUCUCUGCUGUAUCAAAGAUCGUGACACGACUGCAAUUUAAAACCCUGUUGCCAAAUUUGUCUCAAAUGGCUAAUAAGUGUGUCAACAAUUUCUUUCAAUUUUUCAAGUUGUUGGAAAUUAUGUUACUCACUUCAUACUAUGUUAUUUAUUUCCCUCCUUGUGUGUCUCAAACAAUUGAAAAACAAGCCCUUCUUGAUUUCAAGAACCAUUUGAAGGACUCAUUGAAUACUUUAUCUUCAUGGAAUGAAUCAAACUACUCUCCAUGUAAUGGUUUUCAUGGAAUCACAUGUGACUCAUUUUCUGGAAAAGUAACAGAAAUCACACUUGAUAAUAAGUCCCUCUCGGGCGAAAUUUUUCGAUCAAUAUCAGUUCUUCAUAGCCUGCAAGUUCUGUCAUUACCAUCAAAUUCUAUUUCUGGAAAUCUUCCAUCAGAUAUAAGUAAACUCACAAACCUCAAAGUCUUGAAUCUAUCGGUAAAUGAGCUGGCUGGAAGAAUUCCGGACCUGUCUCGACUGAGAAACCUUCGAAUUCUUGAUCUCUCGGCGAACUAUUUUUCAGGUAAUGUCCCGAGUUGGAUAGGGAAUCUCAGUGGACUAGUUUCACUCGGUCUCGGUGUGAACGAGUACAAUGAGAGUGUGAUUCCAAAAAGUAUUGGAAAUUUGAGGAACUUGACUUGGCUUUAUCUUGGUGGUUCUAAUUUGAUAGGAGAGAUUCCAGAAUCAAUAUACGAAAUGAAAGAAUUGAAGACACUUGAUAUUUCAAGGAACAAGUUAAGUGGCAAAAUCUCAAGAUCGAUUUCGAAGCUGCAAAAUGUUUACAAGAUCGAGCUGUUUUCGAAUAAUUUGACAGGUGAAAUACCUGUUGAGCUUGCAAAUCUUACUAACUUGAGAGAGAUUGAUCUUUCUGCAAACAACUUGUAUGGUAAGUUGCCUAAUGAAAUUGGUGAUAUGAAAAAUUUGGUUGUUUUUCAAUUGUAUGAUAAUAAAUUUUCUGGUGAAAUUCCUGUUGGAUUUGGUGAAAUGCAAAAUCUCGAAGGAUUUUCGGUUUACAGAAACAGAUUCACGGGGAUUAUUCCUGAGAAUUUCGGCCGAUUUUCUCCGCUUAAAAGUAUCGACAUAUCCGAGAAUCAGUUUUCGGGCGGUUUCCCAAAGUACUUGUGUGAGAAAAAAAAGUUGAGAAACUUGCUUGCAUUGCAAAACAACUUUUCUGGUAAUUUUCCUGAGACUUAUGUUCCAUGCAAGUCACUAGAAAGAUUUAGGAUCAGUAACAACUUUUUAAAUGGAAAAAUUCCAGAAGGUAUAUGGUCACUACCUUAUGCAAAAAUAAUUGAUUUUGGUUUCAAUGAUUUCAGUGGUGAAGUAUCUUCACAAAUUGGUUAUUCAACUAGUUUAAGUGAGAUAGUUUUGAUGAAUAACAGGUUUUCUGGUAAUCUUCCAUCAGAAAUUGGAAAGUUGGUGAAUUUGGAGAAACUUUACUUGAGCAAGAAUAAUUUCUGUGGUGAAAUACCAUAUGAAAUUGGUUAUUUAAAACAGUUAUCCACUUUGCAUUUAGAAGAGAAUUCAUUAACUGGUUUAAUACCAAAGGAGCUAGGUGAUUGUUCAAGGCUUGUUGAUUUGAAUCUUGCUUGGAAUUUUUUAUAUGGAAAUAUUCCUAAGUCAGUUUCAUUUAUGAGUUCAUUGAACUCUAUUAAUGUAUCUAGAAACAAACUUACAGGCUCUAUUCCUGAUGAUUUGGAGAAAAUGAAAUUAAGCUCAGUUGAUUUUUCAGAAAAUAUGCUUUCUGGUGGAAUUCCUUCUGGUCUUUUUGUUAUUGGUGGAGAAAAGGGUUUUAUAGGAAACAAAGGAUUAUGUGUUGAGAAAAAUUCAAAAGCUUCUUCACUGAAUUAUUCUUAUUUGAAGAUUUGUGAUACAAAUUAUGAUGGUGUGACAAAAAGGGUCUUUGGAUAUAAAUUUGUAUUGCUCAUUUUCAUUGCUACUAUUGUAGUUUUAGUUGUUUUGUUUCUUUUGAGUUGUAGAAGAAAUGGAAAAGAAAAGAAUUUAGGAGUUGAAAAGGAAGUAAAUGAAAAAUGGAAACUAGCAGCAUUUUUCAACCAACAAGUAGUAGAAAUUGAUGCUGAUGAAAUAAGAAGCAAUUUAGGUGAAGAUAAUUUAAUAGGCUAUGGUGGUACCGGAAAGGUUUAUCGAGUCGAGUUGAAGCGAACCGGCACCGUGGUGGCCGUAAAGAAGCUAGAGAAAGUAGCUUCUUGUGUGAAAGUUUUAGGUGGUGCUGAGACAGAGAUUUUGGGAAAAAUUAGACAUAGAAAUAUAGUUAAACUUUAUGCUUGUUUAAUUAAAGGAGGAUCAAAACUUUUAGUGUUUGAGUAUAUGUCAAAUGGUAAUCUUUUUCAAGCUCUUCAUAGAGGAAUAAAAGAUGGAGGGAAAGUAGCAUUGGAUUGGAAUCAAAGGUAUAAAAUUGCUUUGGGAGGUGCAAAAGGAAUUUGCUAUUUACACCAUGAUUGUUCUCCCCCUGUUAUUCAUAGAGAUAUUAAAUCAAGCAACAUUUUGCUUGAUGGAGAUUAUGAGGCAAAAAUUGGUGAUUUUGGUGUUGCAAGGUUUGCAGACAAAUCUCAGAUUAAUGGUUAUAGCUUUUUAGCUGGCACACAUGGUUAUAUUGCUCCAGAAUUGGCUUAUACAACUGAAAUAACCGAAAAAAGUGAUGUGUAUAGCUUUGGAGUGGUGCUAUUAGAGUUAGUAACCGGAAGAGAAGCUGUUGAAGAAGAAUAUGGAGAAGCAAAGGACAUUGUUUAUUGGGUUAUGACUAAUCUCAAUGACCGUCAAACUGUACUCAACAAUAUUCUUGAUCAUAGAGUUUCAUCAAUGUGUUUAAUUGAAGAUAUGAUCAAAGUCUUGAAGAUUGCUAUUAAGUGCACAACUAAGCUUCCAACUUUGCGACCUACAAUGAGAGAUGUUGUUAAAAUGCUCAUUGAUUCUGAACCUUGCAAGAUGAAAUCUCAAGGAUGUAGUUAUCUUGAGAAAGAUUCGGUGUGUUUUCUCUAGUUUUUUUUUUUUUCUUUUCAAAAGCUAAUGCUUGCAAGAUAUUUCUCAAUUCAAGAACACUUUUGUUACCUAGUUGAGAUUUGUAUGAUAAUAAUAAUUAUUUUUGGCGAGAUUUAUAUGA